AAUGGCUAAUAAUCUGAUCGAUUGUAACACAUUCUUUAUUGAUAGCAAUGUUUAUUUACACAUUGGCUUAGAUCCGGAACUUUUGUUUAAUUGUGUUGUUUGUAUUACAAGUAACUCUCAGUGCGUGAAAAUGAGUGUUGAAUUGUUUCAAUCCAUAAAUACACUUCUUAACAACGUAAACUUUAGACUUCCAUCGCACUUACUGUUAAAGGAGUUUAAAUUGAUGUCAAUAGAGGAAUUCAACGGUGUCAAUAUUCUGUCAAUCAAAUGCUUGCAGCAAGACCAGAAUGUGCAGUUGACUAAGGAGAAUGUUAAAAAGAUUUUACAAUUGAUCGAUGCCAUGGAAGAAGUUAUUCAGAUGAAAAAUAUGUAUGUUCGGUCCGCUUCAUUGCUUCAGGCCUGUAAGAUUUCAAUGUUUCUGGGGAAAGAAAUGCCAUUACCCAAAGAUACAAAAAUAAGCGAUGUUGAGGAUUAUCUUUAUCACAUUGAGGUCAAGAAAUUGAAAGAACGUAUUUCAGUCCAAGGUACUUGCUUAAUAGCAGAUUUAAAGAUUAAAGCACUCAAACAAUUGGCAAGGGGCUGGUUAUCUUCUUCACCCGAAACUGAGGCUGAAGUCAACAGACCGAGGACAAGAGCAUUUGUAGCGCGUGAAAGGGCAAAGGCAAGCCGUAGAUUAAGUUAUUUGAAAUAAUUUAUUAUGUAAUAUUUUAUUGUAAUACAAUCAGAAAAAAAAA